CUCUGAAAUUAGGCUCCUUCCAUGGUUUUCCAAAGACAUGAAACUGUGCGGUGCUAAAGGGUACAAUGUUUCCUGUAAUCUCAGUUGUGUAUCUUCAGUGGAGACUAGCCUGGCUGUGAGCAUCCACACUAGGGUCAUACCCACGUACCUGCGUCCACACUGGAAUACCGUAGCUCUAAGUCAGAGUUACCCCGGAUCAGCAGGGCCAGCCCCAGGCGCCCCGCAGGGUGGUUACUAUUCCGGAGGCCAGUAUGGAGGUGGGCUGCCUCCUGGUGGUUCUUAUGGAGGCCCAGCACCUGGAGGCCCCUAUGGGCCACCAUCUGGCGGAGGGGCUUAUGGGCAUCCCACCCCGGGCAGGGCCCCAUCUGGAGCUCCUGGAGGACCUUAUGCAGGAGGCCCAGCCCCAGGAGGGCCUUAUGGGCAGCCAUCUACCAAUCCCUAUGGUGCCCCUCAGCCAGGAGCCUAUGGAGCCGGGGCUCCUGCUGGUAACGUGCCACCCGGUGUAGACCCGGAGGCCUUUUCUUGGUUCCAGACAGUGGAUGCUGAUCACAGUGGCUACAUCUCCAUCAAAGAGCUCAAGCAGGCCCUGGUCAACUCCAACUGGUCUGCGUUUAAUGAUGAGACCUGCCUUAUGAUGAUAAAUAUGUUUGAUAGAACGAAGUCGGGACGGAUCGAUGUCUUUGCGUUCUCGGCCUUGUGGCGCUUCAUCCAGCAGUGGAAGAACCUCUUUCAGCAGUAUGACAGAGACCAGUCAGGUUCCAUCAACUUCAGUGAGCUGCAGCAAGCUCUGUCCCAGAUGGGAUACAACCUGAGCCCCCAGUUCACCCAGCUGCUGCUGGCCCGUUACUCUCAGAGGGCUUCCAACUCCACCAUCCAGUUGGAUAGCUUCAUUCAGCUCUGCACCCAGCUCCAGAGCAUCACUGAAGCUUUCCAGGAGAAGGAUACCGGCAGGGUAGGCAGCGUGCGGCUCAGCUAUGAAGACUUCCUCACUAUGGCUGCGACUCGCAUGUUGUGACGCCUUGGGACAUUUCUUUGCCUGAGGGUAGUGAAGGAAGGCUGAAAACGACUUACCAAGAGUGAUCGAUCAGGCCCUCUCGCCUGGAUGUGUAUGUCGUCCGACAGAAAGGAUAAACCCAUUCCAUUUCCUCUCCCCGCUGUUUAACCAUCGUGAAGUGCCUGAGAACGAGGGAGCAACAUGGACAGGUGAAAUCAGGCUGUGAACAUGUGUGGCAGAAGCCCUGCUGUCAGUCGCUUUGAUUUCAGUCUCCAGUCCACAAAACAAUUUAGAUGUCCCUGCCAAAAACAUUGGUUACAUUAUAUUGCCACCAGGGUGCACACCACAUCAAAGGAAGGCCAGCAUUGUAGAUUACACUGCAUGGUAACUCUCUCUUUCAGGAGAACAAGUGUCCUCUGCCCCUCACCACCUGCCAGGGUCAGGGCCAGUUCUAGGGGUGGAUACAAGGGCAGUUACCGUAGGCACCAACUC